GGGAAUUCGCUGCUCGCUUCCCAUUCUUCCUAUGCAGACAGACACACAACAUGGCGGACUAGAAUAGUCGGCCGACGCGCCCGGAUACAGCGCAUAAACAGUGGGAUUUAACACCUAAGAAGGCCAAGAAAGUAUCCUGUGAACGGGGGGAGCCCCGGGUCCGUGGAGGGCGCCUUCCUGCCGGGACUUAACAGAUGAACUGACCGCGGAGCGUGAAUUGUAGCCCCCGAUCGUGCUUCCCUCCUCUGCCAUCACCCAGGUCCCCCCACCCCGCUCGCACUCUCGGUUUCUGGGGUGUGGAGACCGGGGCCGGGGUUGAGUAACGUGGAGGAGCGAGACGAGGCCAAACCCCGCUCGGGUUCGGGUUUUCCACCCCGCUCGGGUUCCCUCCGGACGCGACGCGAGUUGUGGAUCACGCUGGGCGAAUGAGUGUUUGAUGCCAACGUCGCACUUUUGGGGCAGAAUGGGUGUGUGUCCCCUGCUCCUGCUUCUCUGUCUGGCCCUCGGGGCCUCAGCCCAGGAUCCUGUCCCCUCCACAAGUCCUCCAAACGCCACCGCCUCCCUGAACCUGACAGUCACGCACGCAGCAGUACACGUGGGCCCGCCCAUAACACCUGCCGCUGCAGUUCUCCCAGCGACGCCAGGACCCACGGAAACCACCACAGCAGAAGUACAAACCACAGCCACGACGACGACCACAGCUGCAACUGCAAAGCCAGGUGGCGCCGGCGACAUCCCGCCCUCUGAUGCCAACGACACCUCGGCUGAGUUUCCGCUCCCCCUGCCCCCACCUCCGACUCCCAACGACGCCACUCAGGCACCUCCGACCACCGCCCCCCCCCCUUCUCCGACCCCAUCUGUGGAGGAGAGCGAAACCACAGGCCCUGCUACAGACACCCCGCCUCCGGAGAUGGAGACCACCACUCUACCUGAGCCAUCCACCUCAGACACCACUCCACACGGUGUAGACAAUCCCUCUGGUGACAUGCCGAUCAUAGCUGUGAUGGUGGCCCUGUCCUCUCUGCUGGUCAUCGUCUUCAUCAUCAUCAUUCUCUACAUGCUCCGGUUUAAGAAGUACAAACAGGCAGGAAGUCAUUCGAACUCCUUCAGGUUAACCAACGGUCGGUCCGAUGAUACAGAACUCCAGAGCGUCCCGCUAUUGGCCCGUUCGCCCAGCACAAACAGGAAGUACCCGCCUCUUCCUGUCGACAAGUUGGAGGAAGAAAUGAACCGUCGCAUGGCUGAUGACAACAAGCUCUUCAGGGAGGAGUUUAACGCGCUGCCCGUCUGCCCGAUCCAGGCGUCAUGUGAUGCUGCUUCCAAGGAGGAAAACAAAGAAAAGAACAGAUAUGUCAACAUCCUGCCAUACGAUCACUCCCGGGUGCAUCUCUCAUCUCUCGAGGGCGUCCCUGACUCUGAUUUCAUCAAUGCCUCCUUUAUAAAUGGUUACCAGGAAAAGAAUAAGUUUAUUGCAGCUCAAGGACCAAAGGAGGAAACCGUCAAUGACUUCUGGCGGAUGAUCUGGGAGCAGAACACAGCCACCAUAGUCAUGGUGACUAAUCUGAAGGAAAGGAAAGAGUGUAAGUGUGCCCAGUACUGGCCGGACCAGGGCUGUUGGACAUACGGGAACAUUCGAGUGUCGGUAGAGGACAUGAUGGUUCUGGUGGACUACACCAUCCGCAAGUUCUGCAUCCAGCAGGUGGGGGAUGUGUCCGGGAAGAAGCCUCAGAGGCUCGUCACCCAGUUCCACUUCACCAGUUGGCCAGACUUUGGGGUGCCCUUUACCCCUAUUGGCAUGCUCAAGUUCCUCAAGAAAGUCAAGACCUGCAACCCACAGUAUGCCGGGCCCAUUGUGGUCCAUUGUAGUGCGGGCGUGGGGCGAACAGGCACCUUCAUAGUGAUUGAUGCCAUGUUGGACAUGAUGAACGCGGAGAGGAAGGUGGACGUGUUUGGCUUCGUCACCAGAAUCAGAGCCCAGCGCUGUCAGAUGGUCCAGACUGAUAUGCAAUAUGUGUUCAUCUUCCAGGCCUUGUUAGAGCACUAUUUGUACGGAGACACAGAGCUAGAGGUGACCUCUUUGGAGUCACACCUGGCAAAGCUCUAUGCUCCGUCACCUGGAGCAGGCUGCAGUGGCCUGGAGGCUGAAUUCAAGAAACUCACGUCUAUCAAGAUUCAGAAUGACAAAAUGCGGACGGGCAACCUGCCUGCCAAUAUGAAGAAGAACAGAGUGCUGCAGAUUAUUCCAUACGAGUUCAACAGAGUGAUCAUUCCAGUCAAACGUGGCGAGGAGAACACCGACUACGUCAACGCCUCUUUCAUUGAUGGCUACCGUCAGAAGGACUCGUACAUGGCCAGCCAGGGCCCCCUGCAGCACACCACGGAGGACUUCUGGAGGAUGAUCUGGGAGUGGAGGAGCUGCUCCAUAGUCAUGCUCACUGAGCUGGAGGAGAGAGGACAGGAAAAGUGUGCUCAGUAUUGGCCCAGUGAUGGAGCCGUGGUCUUCGGGGACAUUUCCAUAGAGAUUAAAAGGGAGGAGGAGUGCGAGAGCUACACGGUGCGUGACCUUCUGGUCACCAACACCAGGGAGAACAAGGCUCGAGCCGUGCGUCAGUUUCAUUUCCACGGCUGGCCGGAGGUGGGCAUCCCCACAGACGGGAAAGGAAUGAUCAAUUUAAUCGCCGCCGUGCAGAAGCAGCAGCAGCAGUCUGGUAACCACCCCAUCACUGUACAUUGCAGUGCUGGUGCUGGCCGAACAGGGACCUUUUGUGCAUUGAGUACAGUUCUGGAGAGGGUGAAGGCGGAGGGCAUCCUAGAUGUCUUUCAGACAGUCAAGAGCCUCAGACUGCAGAGACCCCACAUGGUGCAGACACUGGAGCAGUACGAGUUCUGCUACAAAGUGGUCCAGGAGUAUAUCGAUGCCUUUUCUGACUACGCCAACUUCAAAUAGGGUCCUGCCAUUGAUGGAUAGAUAUAUGGAUGGAUGCCAGCGUACACUUCAUGCAAAUUCACGUACCAGAACACACACACACACAUUACCGCGCAAUGAACUGCAUAUUUCCAUCUGAUGAAUUUUCUUUAAAGAUUCAUCACAACUUGAUCUGUGGAUGGGAUGAACUGCCCAUAGGAAAAGGGAACAGACGUCUUGGUCCAGAGGACAGGGAAGUGCAGUCAAUUAGAGAAAAUAACUGAGAUGCCUUCUUGAAUAUUUUGUAAUAUUGUUCUUGUUAAUACAGCCCUUCUCCCCUUCUUGCUUCCCCCAUAUGUACAUAUACUUACUGUGUUGCAUCUUAUUACUUUAGUUUCAGACACAGUUUUGAGUUUGGCUGCAUUUUUGGGUGGCACCUGUAAUGUAUUUUAUUAGUAUAUAUAAAUAUAUAUAUAUAUAAAUAUAUAUGACUAUAAAUCAAAUGCUUUGGAGGCUAAUGUAAGAAGUCUGAACUCAAAGUUCUGAGGUUUGGAUUGUUUUAUGUUUUAGGAACAGAGAGAGCAUUUCUUUGCUUUGCCUGAGCCACGCUGUAGCAACGUGUGUGGUAGCAGAACCCAGGAGUUCCUCUGCAGAUAAAUCUUGGAUAAUGUCACCCCCAGAUGUUUUCCCUCGCACACGCUCACGCAGCCAUUUGUUACACUCCGAAUUAGUGACGUCUACAAAACAUUUUUCAAGGCACUUAAGAACAUUAUGACUGGAGCCAAGGUUCUCUGGGGUGUAGCGCAAAGUCUCAGGUUGACACACACAUAAACACACGCUAUGAAUAUGAGGAGGCGUUUGUUUUCUUGAGUAUGUGCAUUGUGUGUUUGCGUGAACUAGAGCAUAAGCUGUCAGAGGACACGAUGCGUCUUGGCAUCUCUGGCUUUUGUCCACUGAGUGCCAAAGCCCUUCACUCACUUGGUUGUGCAGCUCUGGAGUCUGGAGACUCUACCAACCAUGUUAAGAUACUCAGUACAAGAAAGCUAUUUUACUAUCCAAGACUAGAACAGGAAGUAGAGAAUAAAUAUAAUUUUGCCCCCAAAUUUAAAAAAAGCAAGAUUGGUCAUGCUUUCAAGUAAAUAAUUCUUUAUAUUUCAAGGUCUGGUACAGUAUCAGCAGCACUGUUGAUCAUCUUGACAAGCCAUAAGUCCAUUAUUAAAUUAGAAAGUCCCCACAAUGUUUUUGUUUACAGAUUCACAUCAGUAUUUCGGAUUGUAUUGAUGUUUUUUAUGUUUUUUGAAUGAUUUUUUUUUUUACCAGCCUCACUUCAUAAUGCUAUGACGUCGCACUUUUAAAGAAUGACUCCGUUACUUUCCACCAUGAACACUGAUGCUGAGGGAUGUGGGUUUUGUUUUUUUGGAUGCUGUUGCUAAAAUAGCAAUGAAAUGUGUACACAUUGUUAUUUUUACUAGUGGAAGUGCCCAUCAACGUUUCCUUUUGUUAAUCACUGUCCUGUUUGGACACUUGAACUACAAUGUUUUUUGUUAGAUGAGGUCACAAUUGAGGCCGGGCCCCUUAUGAUUGUAAUAAAAGAUGAAUGAUGUCAGUUAUCCACAGGGAUUCAGCUUGGUCCUAAUUUCACCUCGGUCAGCUCAGGAAAUGACUGAUACCACGAUUGUUUAAAUUUACCAGAUGAACAAAUUUACCUUAGGUUCAUCACCAAACAUGACUCUUGUACAAAUAGUUUGAGCUCUUUUCACAGGAGCAUCCAGAAAUGAUGCAUGAGACCGAUGUUAUUGGGACGACAUAAGAAUUUUAAACCGUUUUAGUAUUUUUUUAAGUGAUUUAUUCUAUUUUCUUGUCGCUUUUUAACUGAAACGAGCCCCAGACUUGUACAUAAUGUACAACAAACUAACACUCACGUGUAAUUGCCUGUAGAAAGCAGCACAAUCAAAUUUAAUUUAUUAAAAGUUGAUGUCAUUAAAGUACAUGCUGGAUUUUAGGACAACUGGUUGUGUCGGUGUUGAUUGUUUGAAAACUCCUGCACUAUUUGCACCAAAAGCAAAAAGCCCUUAAAACUACAAAACCAAAAUGGGAUUUCAGGUCAAAAAAGAUGAUUUGACUCUGAUCAAGGAAUAUGGUAACCAUGUAUGAACUCAAAACUCCUGCAGGGACUCAAAGUAGCAGAUAUGUUUAUUUGACCAGUCACUGAAACUGUUGCUGUUCGUGCGUUGUCAUUUCAGGUGUUGAUUCAUUCCAAAGCCUCACAAGUGCCCACGCUAUUAGUUAGGUGCCAUUUGUUGGACGUUUAUUUAUUUUGUGACUUACUGGGAAAGAAUCACCUUUUUGUUUCGGGAUAUUCAGAUAUUUGGGAAUUACACUGUCAAAAGUAAACAACACUGUGCCAAGUCAUGAGACCCCCAAUCUAACUGUUUUUACUAUAGAACUAAAACUAAGUGCCUCACUGGUAGUGCUUCACUUUACAAAGCAAGUUAAUUUAAUCUACAAAUGAAUGAACAUACCCUACAUGUGAAUCCCUUUUCCCUUUUAAAUACCAACUGAAGACAAGUGACAAAUCCCUAUGAUGAAUUAUUAGGGCCAAAACCCAGACUGGGUCAGUCAUUGUGGGUUUUUUUUCUUUAACAUUCCCUUAAGUCACUUAUUUGUGCUGUUGAUUCCUCUUGUUUUAGGUCAAACUAAGUCAUUCUUUUAACAAUUUGAUUUCAAUUGGAUGGCUUCGCUUCAUUCCAUAUCACUUAAAUGUGGAUUCCAUGAUAAUCACUUUUGUGUCAAUUUGAAUAUUAUACAAAGCAAGCAUGGAUUUGGGCCACUACGAAGGAGAUACAGCUUUCUGGGUUUCACUUCCCUCUAUUCCUGAGAUUCAGUGAAAAGAAAAGUAAAACAUGCCUCAAUGUCUAUUGCUCUGUUCAUUUUUCUAUAUCCUUCACAUUUCCUAUCUAUCUCCAACCACUGCUGUUCACUUGUUGCUUCCUUUCCCCUUUUGGCUUUAUCUUUGGACCAUCCUUUUCACAGCCCACUCCCCUUUUGUACAUAAUGUAAGGUUAUUUAUAUGUCAUUCCUGUCUGCUGCCUUGCUUGUUUUUAUUUCUUCUGCCUCUUCUUUAUUUUUAUUAUUAUUUUAUUUUUUUUAGGGAUGAAAGAUUUAUAUUGAACUGUAUCGGGACCAUUUUAAAAUGUAUUACAGAUGUGUUGUUUUGGCCAUUUUCAAUUUGGUAUAAUUGUCUUAAGCAAAUACUAUUUUUAAUUUGCCUGUUUGUUUCUAGUGUUUUGUUAUUCAACAUUUGAAAAUAUGUAUAUAUAUAAUUAUAUAUAUAUGAUAAAAUUAUAUAUAAUUAUAUAAAGCCGAAUGGCCUUUCUAAGCAAGAUACUGUUCAAACCUAAUAAAGUGCUUGAAAUUUUA